AUGUCUGAGAAGAACGAGAAAAGUGGACUGGAUGAUCCAGAUUACACCCGCAAUGUACCUGCGCUUGACAUGCAUCAGAGCACAGCGCCAUCAACACCCACCGCGAACGUCUACGCCACAAGCACCGCUGGAGCGCACGAUGAAGAUGUAUUCAGCGAGAGCGGAUUGAGCAAUGCGACAUUCCCCGUCGCGACGCCGCUCAGCCAUGCACACCACCGCAGCAAUUCAUUUCAUAAUGCGCCGCCAAAAGAAGACGGUUUCUUUGCGCGGCGCAUCGCCUUAUGGGCUGCACGCGUUGCGACUGAUCAGCACCCCGAAGGAGUCACGCAAGACACUUGCAAGCCAGAGGAGCCCAGAGGCUCUGGAAAUGCACAAGCACAUACGGUGCGGCGCUGGAACAAGAGCCGCGUCUCGCGCACUGUGAACACGGAGCAGCCAGGGAGCGCCGCAGAAAAAUUGGCCGAGCGCCGCCAGGGCACUUCGAAAAAUGCGCGCGUCUCCUCCAUGCUCUGGCACAUGACAUCGGACCGUGUUCUGCGCCCUUGGGCACUCCUCACCGGCGACCAGGGCGUGUGGCUUUUGGGCCAAUACUACGGCCCGAACGAGUCGGCAGGGCGAGGGAUGCGUCUGAUGCGCGCUAACAGCACUGGCAGCGGGAGCAGCUCCGCAAGAAGCGCAAUUACAGACUCUUCUGCAGUGCCAGACAUGCCACGGAUGGAUCCAGCCAGCGAUCUCUGGCGCAAGCGGCAGUGGCGCUUAAAACUAGAGCAGGAUGUGGGCAGCUUGAUCUGGUGCACGUACCGGAACAAGUUCCCUCCCAUCGCCCACGACGGACACAUUGGCGCUGACGAGGAGGCUACCUCUGCAGCCGUCUCUGCAGCGACAGAGGAGCUGUGCUGCGUCCCCGAAAAGGAGAGUGCCACGCAAGGAGAGCAUACCCCGACCGAAACACAAGCUGACAACGCUUGCCAAGCUCCACCAAGCUACACCGCACUCGCACAUCUCCUCACACACCCCACAGAGGUGCUGUACAAUACGACGGCUGCGCGCAACUGGCUAUUGGUCCAGCUCGAGAACCGUGGCUGGCAGCUUCCACGGCUCCUCGCGCAGCUUCCCGUAGCCGCAGGACUGCAGGGCAGUAACGACGCGCCAACGCCGACGAUUGUCGCGAGCAGCAUCCAGACCAUUUUUGACACGGUCGAGCGUGAUGUUGUGCAAACGAUUCGCGGUCCUAUUGCAGCGAGCAUCCCCAUUGCACGAUGGCGCGAGUCGCUGGUGUCGUUAUCGGACACGGCAGGCGUUCCUGCGCUCUGGGGUUAUGUCAACUCACUCUACCGAAACGUCUCGUCCAUCACACGGCCUGCAGGCCUGACUUCCGACGCGGGGUGGGGAUGCAUGCUCCGGUCUGUUCAGAGCCUGCUCGCCAAUGCUCUGAUCCGCGUCCAGCUGGGACAAGAUUGGCGUGUGCCUUCUAAUAGCGAUGCCACACGCACGGUCGAAUAUGCGCGCUACACCCGCACAUUGUCCUGGUUUUUCGAUGACCCUAGCAUGGCAUGCCCAUUCAGUAUCCACAGACUCGCCUCGGAAGGCAAAAAGCUCGGCAUGGACAUUGGCAGCUGGUUCGGACCCAGUACUGCGGCUGCCGCCGCUCAGAAACUUGUGGACAACUUUCCCGCGUGCGGCAUGGGGAUCGUUGUGACCAACGACGGGCUGGUUUGUAUAGACAAAGUGCGCCGCUUGGCCUGUACGGGCGAUGGAAGUGGAUGGGAACGGCCUGUGCUGAUCCUUGUUGCCCAGCGCCUCGGCUUGCACACGGUCCCGGUCUCCUACCGCUCCUCCCUAAAACAGACUUUCUCUUUUCCCCAGUCGGUAGGGAUUGCCGGUGGGCGCCCAAGCUCGUCUCUGUAUUUUAUCGGCACCCAGCGAGACCAGCUCCUCUACCUGGAUCCGCAUACGGUACGGCCAAGCGUGCCGUUUCGGCAUCCACCUCCCUCGCUGCAGGACGCGACGCUGCCAGGAGGCGAUGCGCCGGAGCAGAGCGCAAUGCUCCUCCAGUCUUGGUAUUGUCAUGCAUACUCGACUCCAGAGCUUGUAUCCUACCACACGAACCAGGCGCAGCAAAUGUCUAUUGCGGGAAUGGACCCGAGCAUGCUGUUUGGCUUUUUGUGCACUGACGAAGCGUCUCUAUUGGACUUAAAAGAACGUGUGCAGUAUUUAGAAAUGCCGCUGUUUAGCAUUGGCGCAUCGCCCCCCUCUCGCGAUACGCAAGAAACCGCGACUGGAGACUGGACAGAGGUGCGCUAG